UGGAGCUGCCUGCCUUGUAUGGAAAACCUCAGGAGGCAGUGAUGGAGGAAUCACUCAGGUGUAUCUCCCUCUGUGAUCCUGAGGCUGUCCAUGCCUUCAUCCUGGUCCUACCUGUGGCUCCCCUCACUGAUGAAGACAAGGGAGAGUUAGAGAUCAUCCAGAACACAUUCAGCUCUCGGGUCAAUGACUUCACUAUGAUUCUGUUCACUGUGGACUCAGAUCCUACAGAUCCAGCUGUUGGUAACUUUAUAAGACAAGACAAGGACAUUCAGAAGCUCUGUCAGACUUAUCGAGGACGAUAUGUUGUUCUCAACAUCAAAGAAAAGCAAACCAUCAUGAACCUUCUGCAUGAAGUGGAAAAUAUGAAAGCUGAAGGAUCCAAAUGCUUCACUAAGGACAUGUUCACCAAAGCUCAAAUGGAGAAGGUAACAAGACUUAAAGCUGAACUGCAGGAAGUUAAACACAGCAGUGUGGCUUCAUCUGAUGAUGCACAUCAAAGUGAACAGUCCAUCAGGAUGGUGCUGCUUGGAAAAACUGGCAGUGGGAAAAGUGCAACUGCAAACACCAUUUUGGGCAAAAAGGUGUUUUUAUCUAAAGUCAGUCAGAUUUCUGUGACCAGAGAAUGUCAGAAAGCAGCAGGAGAGAUUGAUGGAUGUCCUGUUGUUGUGGUCGACACCCCCGGCUUGUUUGACACAAAACUGUCCAAUUAUGAAGUUCGACAAGAGCUCCUGAACUGUAUCAGCAUGUUGUCUCCUGGACCUCACGUGUUCUUACUGGUGCUGCAGAUCGGUCGAUUUACAGAGGAGGAGAAAGAAACUGUGAAAAUAAUCAAAGAGAUUUUUGGAAAGAAGUCAGGAAACUUCAUCAUUGUUACCUUCACCAGAGGAGAUGAGCUUGAAGACACAUCCAUUGAAAGUUACAUAGAAGAAGACUGUUCUGAUUUUGUAAAAACUCUGAUUAAAGACUGUGGAGGCAGAUACCACGUCUUCAACAACAAAGAUCCAAAAAACCGUAGACAAGUGUCAGACCUGCUGAUGAAAAUUGAAGCCAUGUUGAAAGACAAUGGUGGUGGAUACUACACCACUGAGAUGUUCCAAGAGGCUGAGGCAGCAAUACAGAAGAAAGUGGAGAGGAUACUGAAAGAGAAGGAUGAAGACAUGAUGAGAGAGAGGGAGGAGCUUAAAAGGAAACAUAAAGAAGAAAUGCAAAAAGUAAAAAGACAAAUGGAAGAAAAGAUCUCUAAAUUUGAAUCUGAGAAAGAGCAGAGUAUGAAACAACUCAAACAGAUGCAGGAACGCAUUAACCAGGAGCGAGAAGAGAGAGGGAGAGAACAGAAAAUCAAAGAAGAUGAGGAGAGAAAGAAGAAAGAAGAGGAAGAAACUCAACGAGAACAAUGGAAACAAAAACUGGAAACUUUGGAGAAGCAAAUAGAAUCUGAAUCAAAGGAAGAGCUCAUCAGAGAGCUGGAGCAAAACAGGGAAGAAAUGAGAAGAGAGAGAGAGGCCUGGGAGAUGGAAAGGGAAGAAUGGUGGGACAAUAGGGAUCAAGAAAGGUCUUUAACAGCUUUGCCCAAUUGGAGACAUGGCAUGCCUAAACGAAUAAGGAGGGUGCGCUGGGAAUGCCUGAUCUGCGAGUUCUUCAACUCCCACCUCAGGCAGAGCUCCAGCAGCAUUCGCGGUGGUAACCCUGAACCAGAUGGUAGACACUGGAGGUAA